CUUCUCAGCUUGUGGGUGGUUUUUUUUUUAGCAUUUUUCUCUCUUUGCGUGUGUGAGAUUUUUCUCUUUUGAUCACCGUAGCGAUGGAUAUUAUAUUACAAUGCCUCUGUAAUGGCGGUUCUCCAUCUCACCAGUAUCGCUUUCUCGCUUCGUUCGUCUCUUUCCUUUUCAUCUAGCUUCUUUGCGUAACCGCGUGAUUUUCUCUUCAGUGGGUUUUCUCCAAGUUUGGAGAUUUAAUCGGAAAGAUCGAGUUUUUUCCUCCGCGAUUAUUGUAUCUUCUCUUAGGCGAUCCUGAGGGUAUUUGUCCGAUAUUUGCUCAAUUCUGGUGUCCCCUCUUGUCCGUACAGUGACGGAACCGGUGAUAGGUCAAGGGCUUUCUGUGAAACUGAGGUUCUGGCAUUAGGGUUUUCUCAGGUAGAAGAGCAGAAAUGGAGGGAAGAAAAGUAGAAUGUGAUGAAUUGGAGAAGCUUCUUGGAGAGAUACCAAAAGUGACUUCUGUGAACAACAAGAUGGUGCCUUUAUGUGUGAGCUCCUUCAAAAACAUAAAUUCAGAUGAUGGAGGAAUGCAAAGGAUCAAAUGUGAUGAAUAUCCUAUCAAGAAAUCUCAGCUUGAAGAGGCAAAUCUUCCUGAUGAACAGGCCUUUACAUCUGCCUUCGCUGAUGCAGCCAAAAACUUUGGGAACCCGAGGGAAACAACUGUACCUACGGCGGAAAAUUCUCGUCUGUUAUUUUUUCCUUCUUACCCAUUUGACAAGUUUGACACAAGAAAACACGACCCACAAGUUUUUUGGAGGCUGCAACCAUUCGGGUACCUUCAGAACUACCCUUCCGGUGUUCAUACUCUCCAAGGUGGUGUUCAGUUUUGUCGGACCAUGCAGGUCCCGGGCUUGGAGUUCAAUGUGUUGUCUGAUCAGCCACAGUACUUGCCAGCCUCACAGCCUCAUUCUCACCAUCUACCACUGAAUCAAUCUCAUAUGAGUUGGAGAAGUAUCGAAGAGGGGAAGCUUCAAAGGCUGAAACUCCCAGAAGAACCAUAUUUAAGGAUGAACCCGCAUUUUCACUGUCUUAAUAAUCUGAGGAUGGAUGCUUCUAGCAAGUUUAUGGGUCCAAGACAGGAAUAUUUUGGCAGUUUAGAUUCUCACCAAGCUGAACACACGACUGGAGAAUUGUUUUGGGAUGAAACUGGAGGUAUGAAGGAUUUGGAUCCAAUGAGAAGAACGGGUUAUCCAGAAAAGAUGAUGAUGAGAUCACAAGUUGGAUUGAACACGGGCAAAGCCAUGAAGUAUGGAUUAAGAGAUGAAUCACGUAAUAACGUCACGCAUAAUGAAAGACUUUGGUCGAACAAUCAAGUUGAUGACUCGCUUUCAUGGGAUUUCUUUAGCACGAUGAACCUCAAAAACAGCAAUCUAAGGAUGCAGCAUCAAAAGUACAACUCUCUCACAGAAGCAAGAGGAAAAAUAUAUUCCAUGGCAAAGGACCAACACGGUUGCCGCUUCCUACAGAGAAAGUUUUCAGAGAGAAACACUGAAGAUAUCGAGAUGAUCUUUCGUGAGAUCUUCAACCAUAUCACUGAGCUUAUGAUAGACCCUUUCGGUAAUUACUUGGUUCAAAAGCUACUUGAGGUUUGCAAUGAGGAUCAGAGAUUCCAGAUUGUUCAUUCCGUAACUAGAAAACCAGGAGAGCUUGUUAAAGUUUCAUGCGACAUGCAUGGGACUCGAGCCGUUCAGAAGAUCAUUGAAACGGUGAAGAUGCCAGAGCAGAUUGCUAUGGUGGUUUCAGCCCUGAAGCCCGGUAUAGUGACUCUGAUCAAGAGUGUGAAUGGUAACCAUGUUGCUCAACGGUGCUUGCAAUACUUGUUACCUCACAGUGGCAAGUUAAUUUUCGAAGUUGCAAUUACUCAUUGUGUUGAGCUUGCGACUGACCGCCAUGGCUGCUGUGUUCUUCAAAAGUGCAUUGGCCAGUCAGAGGGUGAGCAGAGGCAACUUUUGGUCUCUGAAGUCACUUCGAAUGCUCUUCUCCUCUCCCAAGAUCCUUUCGGGAACUACGUCCUCCAGUUUGUUUUCGAACUUCAGCUUCAGUGGGCGACCUUAGAAAUUCUCGAGCAGUUAGAGGGCAACUACACAGACUUGUCCAUGCAAAAGUGUAGCAGCAACGUGGUCGAGAAGUGCUUGAAACAAGCCGACGAGGAACACCGUUCUCGCAUUAUCAGAGAAUUUGUAGAUGAUGGUCGGCUUGAUCAAGUUAUGCAAGAUCCGUACGGAAACUAUGUAAUCCAAGCAGCCUUGAAACAAUCAAAGGGAGCAGUCCAUGCUAUUCUGGUGGAUGCCAUCAAACCUCAUAUCCCAUGCCUCCGUACCAACCCCUACGGGAAGAAGGUUCUCUCUGCAAUUAGCUUGAAGAAAUGAUCCACAGACGGUACCAUCUUGCACUUUGGUAAGUAUCCUGUAAAUCUAUGUAAUAAAAAGCUUUUUACUGGGUUUGGUUUGAAGAUUCAAAAAGAAGAAUAAGAAGAAGAAGAAAGAUGGUUUGCUGCAUAUGUGCAGAAAUUUGAGGGAAAACUACAAUCUCCUGUCAUUUUCUUUUGGUUGUGUUGUUCGAGGUUGUCGGGCUCCAUCUUCCUCCUCUUUCCUGGCAAGAUCCAAUUCUUUUUUUUUGUUUAACACGAGGAUUCCGUGUUAUGUUAUGUAGAACAUCAGAUUCUAUUGGAGAUCAGUUAAAAUCAUAAUCUAGAUUACCCAUCAGAACAGAAACAAAAUCUGUUCAUCAACAUGGGUAACAGCUUCCGCAGAAACCCAUUUCGAGAAAAAGGUAUCUUUGUAUUAAAAAACCCUUUUUGUGUGUGGGGGCAAAAUCUUGAUGGGAGAAGAGAUGUUUACAAAGGUACAACAAGAUCGGUGAAGAAA